AGGCGCCCCGAGAAAGCCACGUCAAGGUGAGUAUGGAAGUCCUUUACCUGACGGGCCACGAGGACUCCUACCUGGUGGUGAACGAGGCAGGGGACGCCACCUACCCAGAGGACACCACCAGGGUCUACCACAGCCAGGAUGAGGCGCCGCAGUCCUUCGUGUCGCUGGACCACAAAAUAUCACUGGUGCUUCAGGGAGACUUUGGCACGCACAUCAACAUGAUAUAUGAGUUGUACGAGUGUGUAGACAGCGACGAGGAGUGUGAGUAUUGGGCUGUGAGUGGUGAGUGUGACAAGAACCCACUCUGGAUGAAGGAACACUGCAAGAGGUCCUGUCUCAUAUGUGACUACUCGACAACAUGUGACGACGGACAUCCUGACUGUGAGUUCUGGGCUAAACACGACCAGUGUGAGGAGAACCGCAUCUGGAUGAACGUUCACUGCCGGAAUGCUUGUGGCUACUGCGAGAGGUGCUGGGACGCCAACAUCUGGUGUGAACAGUGGGCAGCCAUCGGGGAGUGUGAAGGCAAUCCUGACUACAUGAACCAAUUCUGUAGGAAGUCAUGUGGGAUCUGUAUAGAAGACGAAGGAAACGUAACCACGACUACUGCUGAGGGACUGACGGAGAGACCGACGACCUCCUCUCCUCCCAUGGUAGGUUCUCGCCCCACCACCACAGCCUCUCUCACCUUUAGGAAACCACGACCUCCCAGGAAGCACAACAGAGUGUCUUUCAACUACACCCGUCCUCCAACGACCCCCAGACAGAGGAGUCACCCCACCAAACACCCUGGAGAAAACGAGACAACGAAAAGCAUCACCAAGAACCAGAUGUUGAAGCCGACAAAAGCCAACCGCAAAUAUAAACCAAAGAGGACAAGAUAUUCUGAACCUCCACGACGGAAUCAGCUGAUGGACCGCAAGCCAAAGUUCGAUGAAGCUUUUGGCAAAAAAGACAUUUCCAGGUCUCCAGUUACUCGCCUGACUCCUCGACCUUACAAGAAGAAACAAAUUGUGAGACCUUCUGCCAAGAAAAGACCGAAUGUAAUGAGACCACAAAAUACAACUUUUGUACGAUCUAAUGAGAGAAGACCAACCAAGAAAUUCACUCACACAGAUAAAAGGUUAAGUAAGAAGCCAACUACUGCCACACCAACCUUUCACACAACAACAACUUCUGAACUAUUGUCCACAAACAACUCUCUCAGCGCUGUCUUAGUGACGGCGCUUCCUCACAGACAUGGAAGAUUAAAACCAAGUUCUCUUAACAGAAGUAAAGCGACUCCAACUUCUCUUAGGGGAGACAGAGUGACCACAACGCCUCUCACGAUAGAAAAGGUAAUUGCAGCGCCUCUGACGUCAGAGCGAGUGACAACAACUCCAUAUACAAUAGACAGAAUAACACCAGAUCUACCCACAGUAGACAGAAUGACAACAGCGUCUCUUACUGCAGACAGAGACACACCAGCAUUUCUCAGGACAGUCGGAGUGACGCCAGAGCCUAUACACGAAGCCAUGGUUACACCAGCGCCUCUGGUGGGAGUCAGGGGGACACCAGAACCUUUGAGAACAAGCAGGAAGAAGACAACAAGCCCUUCGUCGAUCCAAAAUCCCCGCAGUACAUCCUCCAAGCUGCCUGACACAAGAGUCACCAGCAAAGAGACUGGUGAGAGCACCACGCCAAAGGAUCCCGGCGGAGUUUACAAAUCUCAGGGAAUUUACGAGGAGCCUCAGUUGUCCACCAUGUCUCAAGAGGGCGAGAGUGAUGUCUGUGAUGGCCGACGAUGUGGAGGUGAACGACAAGGUCCUGAUGCUCCUCCAUCUGAGAAGAGUGAAGUAGUUGUCAGUAGACCUUUAAGAAGUCGAUUUCAUGACAAUUCAACAAAGAGGAGGACAAACACCGUGACCACAACGACCCAACAAGGUCGAGCAGAAGAAGAAGAGGAACGUUUGAACGGAGGAGUGAAAAAGGAAAGGGAAAAUAAACACCGGAAACACAAAAACAAAAGACGACACCAACGGCGAGAGAACAGAGGAAGCCGAAGACGGAGCCAACAACACAAGGAAGAUAAAGACAUACUGAAGAGAACCCGGAAACAGCGUCUAGGUGAAGGUGGACACCGAGGGAGGAAGAACACAAAAGGCAGAAGUAGCAACAGACGAGAGAGAGACAGGAAGAAGGACAGUCGAAGAGGUGACAAACAGGAAGACGAGAAUCAAAGAAGAAGAAAGAAGAAGCAGAGGCAUGGCGGAGGGAACACUAGACGCACCUCCUCCAAACAUCAACGUCGCGGGAAAUUUAAUAAAAGGAGGCGUGGUGGUGGUGGUGGUGCUCUGAAGGCGAACCAUACAGCAGGCGAGGUGACGCAGCCAAUCACUACACAGACGACCAUCUCUCCCUCACCUACCACACCAUUCCCACUCACCAACCUGCCCCUACCAUCUACUAGUACCAAGACACCUGAUACCCUGCCAUCCAUCUCUCAUCCACCACCUUCCCUCACCCAGCCCACACCUACAUCUCAGGUCACACCCACAUCUCAGGUCACACCCACAUCUCAGGUCACACCCACAGCUCACCCCACACCCACCACCGAGCCCAAACCCACCACCCAGCACACUACGCCCACUACCCAGCCCACAACUCAGGUCCCAUCCACCACCCACUCAUCUCCUCCACCAGACGCCAACAUCACCUCCACCACUCCACGUCUUGGUGUCUCAAGCAUCUGGUCGCCCCUGGAUUCGAACCCCACUGCAGGGAGACCCACCGUGACCACCGCCACACGCCUGCCAGUAGUAUCCACAACCACGACAACUACAAGAACUACGUCCAUAAUCCAAUCAGUCUUUACAACUACACCUCGAACCACAAUCACACCCAACAUCACCCCGCCCAUCCGCCAAUCACAUCUUACAACCGAGACUGUCCACCAAUCAACACACGGAACCACGCCCACCUCUACUACGUCCAUAAAGUUCCCAUUAUCUACACCUUCUCCUCAAACUGUAGCUACGCCCGCCCCGCCCACCACGCCCGCACUACCGCCUCCCUCAACACUCACCUCUGUCAACUGGCGUCACACGACUCUCCCGUGGUCAACACCUUCCAGCCUGAGUACUGAGCAAGAACCAACGGGAGUAGAUUCGACAGACGCAGCAGUGUUGGGUGUCCUUCUCCCUCGUCAGCCUCACCAAAAUAGUGUUUACAGACACACUCCUCACUCCAUCAGUUCCUCUCUACCUUCACGCAAGCACAGUAAACCACAUAAACACAAUAAACCAAAUAAACCAAGUAACUCAAACAAGAAUAGUAAACCACGGAAGUAUAAGAAACCACACAAGUACGUUAACAGAAGACGCGGUCGCCCACACACCAAUCGACCAAUACACUCGCGUCUUCCUGAAGAUAAGAGACGCACCAAGAUGACCUCAAACCACCGCCAGCAUCCCGAUAAGCAAUAUAGCCUCAGUGCCAACAACAGGUCACCUCACCACCGCCGACGACUCUCCCACCUCCUCCCCGACUGGCUGCACCGCUUUGGCCCUCACAGAUAUUCCUUCCAACAGCAAAACUUGAAUUCUCUACAAGAAAGACGUAACCAGAAGACACCAAACCGAAGAAGACGUCCAACACAACACUCCCAGACGGGGUCAUCACCUGCAGUGUACCACAACCUUAACCAAGACCUACCUGGAUCCCGACGGAGGAUAGGGACCUCUGGCAGGAGUACGCAGACGAAGCAGGACAAAACAGAGCUAGAGGCGCAGACUCAGAUAGAUAACCAGACGGAGACGGUGACGGAGACGCAGCCAGGGAGCAGCCAGCCUCCACAACGGUCCCCAGAGAGAUACGCGGAGUGGGGCAUCGGUCCAGUGAGGCCGCCGCUUCACUCGUCCGGGAGAAGACAGCCUCCUCGCCCGGGCUGGAAGUUCAGGCGAGCAUUCUACCGCCGAGAACACAUUUACGAGGACAUCUGGCCUCCGAGACCCCUGCGAGACCGGGGCACCUCGAGGACGCCCACACAGAGGCUUCCACACACUCGAGGCUUCAGGUAAGGCAGGUGGACGCCAGCCACUGAUGAGUCACGCCACCAGCCCUCACCUCUCUCUCUCUCUCUCUCUCUCUCUCUCUCUCCCCUUUUCUAUGUAUAUAUAUCUAUUUCGAUAUCUCUACUACCCUUCAACCAGCUGUGGGAUACAGCUGGAGCAUCUACCAACCUUUAAGCAGCUGUAGAGUGCAGCUGGAAUAUCUACCAGCCUUCAACCAGCUGUAGAGUGCAACUGGAAUAUCUACCAGCCUUCAACCGGCCGUAGAGUACAGUUGGAACAUCUAGCAGCCUUCAACCAGCUGUAGAGUGCAGCUGGAACAAAUCAUGGUGAAUAUACCUGGAUAAGACGUGUUCUGGCCGACAGCUUCACGUUCCUGACGAGAGUUUGUGAUCAACCUACCAUACGAGUUGGUGUACAGGGUGGGCCAGAAUGAAUGACCAAAAUCUGAGUAUUCCUUUUUGACGACUCUGUAUAUAUUUCAGUCUUGGUGCUAUACAUAAUAAGUACAUAUACGAUACAUAUAAGGGACAGUUAAUAUACAUAUAUGAUGGAAUAUAUAUCUACUAUAGACAUUUAUUUCUGUGAGUGGAAACUGUUACUGUAUCAUCUCCAGACCAGGAUUCGAACCCAUGACCGAUAUAUAAAUGGGUUCAGACUUAUUGAUCAGUGAUUCAAGGCGCUAUAGUCAGGCCACCACGAUCCUGCUGUUCGUGUAAGAAGUGAAUGACUAUAUUUCGUGGCCUGUUAGUCCUGUUAAAGAUGGCGGGUGUUUGUUUACGUUUAUUGUGAGCCGCCAUCUUGUAUACCUCAUGAGCCGCCAUCUUGGAUCCCUCGUGAGCUGCCAUUUUGGAUCCUUCGUGAGCAGCCAUCUUGUAUCCCUCAUGAGCCGCCAUGUUGGAUCCCUCGUGAGCUGCCAUCUUGGAUCCCUCAUGAGCCGCCAUCUUGUAUCCCUCGUGAGCAGCCAUUUUGUAUCCCUCAUGAGCCGCCAUCUUGGAUCCCUCAUGAGCCGCCAUCUUGUAUCCCUCGUGAGCAGCUAUUUUGUAUCCCUCAUGAGCCGCCAUCUUGUAUCCCUCAUGAGCCGCCAUCUUGGAUCCCUCGUGAGCUGCCAUUUUGUAUCCCUCAUGAGCCGCCAUCUUGGAUCCCUCAUGAGCCGCCAUCUUGGAUCCCCUACAGAUGACCUCGCCAUUUGAACAAACUAUCUGGAACAUGAAGUCGUCUUUCUUGCUCACUCCGGGUGUUCAAUUGAUGAUGAAUGUAGUAACGUGAAGUGUCAAGGUACGAUGUUGAACAGAUUGAACAUGUGUUAUUCCCCUGAUAAUAUGGAACAGUGAACGUGAAGUACUUAGUGGUGAUGUUGAACAAAAAACGUGUGAGUUGUUCACUGUAUAUCAUGUCAUAUAACUCUAAGCUACCACAUGACGUCAUAUUGCUCCCACCUACCUUCAUGACGUCACAUAAACCAGUAAUGACGUCAUAGAACCCACUGAUGACGUCAGAUAAACCCGCUUAUGACGUCACAUAUUCCCCCUUUAUAAUGACGCUGACGCUUAUAAACAAAUCACUGCCAUUAGGGUGUAGAGUACAAGGUAAGGUCCCAGAACAGAGACCAAUUAGGCCUGAGGUCUCUUGGUAGGAGGGUCAGCAGAGGGUCAGUGCUAAAUAGAACUGAAAGUGGGUCGUUAGAGGCAGUGUGGAUACAGCACACUGUGUACUCAGGAAGCUGUUGGAGGAACUGGGAGCGCCCGGAAAUCUAACCACCGACCCCUGGAACAAGAGAUAGGGCCUCAUUUAGACAGGGGCCCAAUAGGACUGAUAUUCCUUAAAACUUGGGCCCAUUAGGACUAAGGCCCAUCAAAGCUGGGGCCAAUUGGGACUGGCCCCCCCUUAUGGAUAGGGUCCAUUAUUACUCGGUACUUCACCUUUGUUUAUCAUUAUUGUUUAUAUACUCCCAAUAUCUUUCAUUAUUCUCUGUUCCUUUAAUUCUUAAGUAAAUAUAACAAAACUUUAA